CAAAGGUUGGCAGGAGGGGAGCGAGAAGAGGGGAUUCGCAAGGUUGGCGUUCCGUCCGUCAGUUCUGUGUGUGUUGGUCUCUAAUAUUCAGUCGGCGGGCGGAUUCAGCAGCACCAAAGGCCAGAGGAAGAGCAGGCAUGCAGGGGACGAUAGCCACAUUAUUGUGCGUGUGCGUCGCCGCCUCCACGUCUCAAGCAAUCGUCUUCCCCAAUUACGACUGGCCAAUUUAUCUUGGCUCCAGGAAGUCGGUGCGACAGGUUCCCUCGGAGGACUACGAGCCCUCCGACUACGCAGACAAAAUCAUCUUCCUCAACAAACAAGUCCAAGAAUACCAACCCGGCGCCAUCGAACACAUUUCAGCGCUCAGCCUCCAGAGAUUCAGCAUACAGCUUGAUCUGGCCAUCCGGCAAAAUGACGUGCAGCUUCAGUCGGGCAACGUGGUCUUUUCGCCGCUGUGCAUCGCGUCCGUGUUGGCCCUCGUGAUGCUGGCAGCGAACGGCCGCACCAAGGAGGAGGUGUCACGGGUGCUCGGCCUCAGUCAGGUCGACGACGACACGCAUUUCAAGUACGGCAGCCUCCUCAACGACUUCAUCGCGGAAAACGAAACCGAAUUGCAGACUUUCUCGGGCAAAGCGGUCUUCCUGCGACAAGCGUUGCCGGUGAGCAGCAGAUUUUUGGAACUCAGCAGACGAGCAUACAACAGUGACAUUUUCAGCUUGGACUUUGCCAAUGACCCAGUUGGAGCUCAAAUUUUAAUCAACAAAUGGGUGGCUGACAGGACGCACAACAAAAUCGAAGACUUGUUUCCCGAGCCGCCAGUGAGUUCGACAAAGCUGAUUCUGGCGAGUGCUUUGUACUUCAACGGAGCCUGGCUGCAUCCGUUCCAGACCGAAGUGACCAAGUUGGCGCCAUUCCAGGUGUCCCGCACCGAGACCAUACAGGUACUCACGAUGGCGCGGGAGGGUACCGUUCCGUUUGCUCGCAGCAAGAUUCUCGACUGUUCCAUCGUCGGCCUUCCCUACAAAUCAAACAAUAACUCGGCCAGAAUUUCAAUGUACGUGGUGCUGCCAAACCAAGAGGGCGUGGAGCACUUGCAAGUGCUGAAACACCGCAUGCUGCGGCUUCCUGACGUCCUCAGCGGUCUAGUGGGCGCCACCAAGGAGCGUUCGGUGGUGCUGACCCUGCCGCGGUUCAAGGUCGACGCGGCCGUUCCUCUCAGGCCGGCUCUCAACGCGCUCGGUCUGACGUCGCUCUUCGAUCCCAGCAGGUCCGACCUCUCAGGGCUGCUCGCCUCGCCAGAGCUGGGUCCGCUGCACGUGGACGAAGUGCGCCACAGAGUAACCCUGGAAGUGACCGAGACCGGCACUGAGGCCGCGGCGGCCACAGCUGCCGCUCUGUCGCGUGAUGGAUUUACUCCGCUGUUCAAGGUGAACAGGCCAUUCCUCUUUUUCAUCUUCGACCAUGGAUCGCGGCUGCCGGUAUUUUGGGGGUCCAUUGUUCGACCCUAACUGCUGACAGGCGCGUUCGCAAAAUAUAUUGUGAAAAGAAAUUAAGCGCGUAAAAUUGUCAUCUAUUUCUUUAAAGUUUGUUUCAUAUAAGUUAUUAAUAAAUAUCAUAUAAGUAAUAACAAUUAAUAUAUAUAGCAAAAUAAAUUACUUUUAAAUUAUAUAUAAGAUGAAAUACUGUUAUUUUAAUGCAUGUUUGAAUUAAAAAUACCCGACUGAGAGAUUUAAACUAAUAUAGAUAAAUUUUACUAUUCAAUGUAUUGAAGUCAAAAUCAUUGAUAUCAAUUUUUUUCAGGAUCGUAUCCUCUUUUUAUUUGCUUGCUACUGACAAAUCACAAACACAGACUAAAAAUUUCCGCUAUGCGUGGUCCUCGGUUCGUUAGCUGCUGUUGUCGUAUAUAUAUACUUGGUGGAAUAACUUAUUUGCGGCAACCCUCGGGAAUACGGCGCGAUAGCUUCAUGCUGGGUUCCUUGCUGCUGAAGUCUGGGUUCGAUCCUCUCUCAAUGCUCGCCUUCCACUGGCGGGCGACCUCAGAAUCUUCAACGCAGUAGAACGAGACCUGGAACAGUAUGAUAGGAUAAUUAAUAAGAGUCUCAUCUAAAAAAAUAUGAAAAAAUGUACCAUUUUCUCACUCCACGAACUGGCCUUGCAUUUAGACUUGCACUUGGGCAUGGGACGCAUUGAGAAGCAGAUCUUGCCGUCAAUCUCAUCGACCAUGGUCAUGUGCAUGGUGCAAAGGGUACGAUCAGGGCGCUCAGGUUUCUUUUCUUUCUUGCUUUUGCUGCUGGAAGAGCUCGACGAGGAAGACGACGACGAGGACGAAGAGUCGCUGCUCUUGGAACUCGAUGAGCUGCUGUCCUCUUUUGCUUUUUUGGUCCCGGCAGUCGACAUUUUUGAGGAACUGGAGGACGAUGAGCUACUAGAAGACGAACUGCUGGACGAGGAGCUGCUAGAUGAGGAGCUGCUGUCGCUCGAUUCACCCGACAUCAUUUUGUCGGUGAUAAUAUCCAUAUAUUUGAUUUCUCUCUUGAAACAAGGAACGUCCUUGGCUGAUUCCUGAAGGCUUUUGUCGGGCAGAAGCCAUGAGUCGAUGAAGUCCCGGGAUUCCUUGACGAUGCAGUUCUUGGGUGUGGUAAAGUCGGUAGCCUUUUCAAAAUCAAAGGUACCGCAGAGACCACGAACUUCACCGCGGAACCUGUUGCCUGCGAACAACAGAGCGCGCUCACCGUCGUAUAGCAUCUCGAUCUUGUGCAGAGGAGCAGAGAUCAUCACGAGAUCGCUGGGGAGUGCCCAGACCCUGAGUAGAAGCCUGCCACUCUUGUCUUUCAUCUCGGUGACGUCAUCUUUCCUGAUCGGCACAGUUCUCUUAUUCAUUUCAACCUUGACAGGAGUGGACCCUGCCUCUGAUGGAGAGACCAAAACAACAUUUUCUUUGCCCAGGAUGAUCUUGAAUUCCUUGCGCUUGGAAGCGAUUGCCCUAACCAUGACGGUAACGUCCUUUGCCUCCCAUUUGCGCGUCGACAUGAGUGCAGGAGCCUUUUUAACAGUCUGCAAAAGGACGUGCCAUUUGCUGCUCAAUUUUACGGGGAAGGUCUUGUUGUCAAAUGUGUUGAUUGCCUCCUUAUCAAUGCUGCAGGUAGCUAAAAAUAUGAAAAGUAACUUAAAAAUACAGCGUUUACGAAAAUAAAGUGAAAUAUCAACUUACGCUCGAACUGCCAUCUGAGGAGCUCUUCGCCUAAUCUCUCAAUGGUACUACGCCAUGGGUGCUGAACCAUCAGGGCGCGAGCAAGAGGGGGCAAGCGAAUGUUGGUCAUUUCGGCUUUGAGCAUGGGCGAAGAGAUUGACAAGUUCUUAGACGAAAGGUCUGGCUCAUUGCGCAUCAAGAUUUCUAUCUCAUCCUUAGAUGUCUCAACAGAUAUUAGCUCCUCCAUUGUAUGAAGACGAAGGAGGUAUCGAACGUACUCGUAAGCCUUAUAGGUAGCUUCCUUGAGUAAUCUUGGGGCCUUCUCAAACUUGAUGUUUAACUUAGAAGCAUCGAGGAGACCGGCAGAAUGAGUGACGUUCAAGCAGGCAGGCAUAAUCUGGUUGCCAGUCUCUCUCAUCUCCUUAAGACACAUUUUCGUGGCUGGAUGCUGCAACAGGAAUUCCCGGCGCUUCUCACUCUGCCACAUCUUGCCCGUGAUGUCAAUCUUUGCUGCGCCAGCACCACAUUUCUCUCCAAGCUCAAGUCGAGCAGCAAUCAAUGAGGUAGGGUCGGUCUUAAGCAUCUUCUUGAGGUCGAACAUACGAAGGUUUGGUAGUUUGGCUGAAGCAUCCAUGCAGAGUUCAUAGGCCUUCUUGUUUGCUACAGGACUACGGUGCAAGUAGAGCAGCAUCUUACUCUUCUUAUCAACCGGUGAUCCAGCCCAGCUAGCGGUGGCCAAAUAGUUGAUCUUGGUUGGAGCAUCAAACACCAAGGCCAUAUCCAGCACUCUAGCUGUUGCCUUUUUCAUAUCUGAUUUAGCACGCAUGAGAAAUUCUUUUUGGCGCAUGGAGCUCAUAGGAGAGGCAUUUGAGGGGAUGGCCUUGUUUUCUUCUCCGAGGAAAGAGCUAGUUGAGGUGUCCUCAUCACUUCGAGGACGCAUGCUUCGUGGAUGGAGACGAAGCAUAGAAGCAGACUCAAGACUCAUGGCCUCUUCAGCUGACAUUGGUUCCAUGGCAGAUUCUGGAAAGAAAAUAAUUAGAUAUGGAUAUUGCAAGACAUUAUGCAAUAAAAUUACUUAAGCUAGCAGAGAAGGUGACAGACUUGGACUCUGAUCUUGGGCCAUCAAAGAAUAGGCUGAAGUUUGAACGUUGAAUAGACUCCUCAACCCAAGGAUACAUGAGGAGAGAAACAAGAUCAUGUCGCAUAAUAUUAUCAGCCAGAGCCUUAGCAUCAAGGAACUUGUCUUCGGUACUGAACUUGGCUUUGAGGGCAAGUCCAAGUGAUUCUUUACCGAAGCUCCACUCUCCUUUCUUGGAUUCACGGACAUGAAUAGGGUCGGUGUUCUUAAGUUUUGAUAAGGGCUCAAGUUCAAGGAUGUCGUGCUUAGCCGUGAAAGGCCAGACGCUGGCGUGGAAGAUCAUGCUCUCCCACUUAGGUGGUGUCAUCUUUAGUUGUAAGUUCCAGCGCGGGGCAUCUGCAUCGAUUUCCCACUUGAAGGGAAGGUUAACCUGGAUAUUCCUAUCAAGACCAGAAGUGUAUUGCUGAUGGUCCCAAGGAGUAAUGAAACUGAUCUUUGAAGCCACCUUCGUGGACCAAACGAGACGAACAUCAGCGAUUGCAGCAAUCUUUCCAGGUUUAUCAAGGCUAGCCUUUGCUUCACCAGCAGCACGAAGAAGAGUCGGAGUUUCAAGAGAGAAGAUAAAUGGCAAGCCCAUGGUCGUAGGGAAGGCGAUGGUAACUUGAUACUUGUUGUACAGCUUGGUCCAAUCAAAGCUCUUUUUGUCUUUCAUAUCCUUGGCUGCAAGACUAGCCAUUUUAAAUAGAUGGUCGAUUGUUGCACUGUCCAAUGUGAACAGGCGUUUGCCACCAAGCAUUUCCACGAGGAUGUUUCCUUCCAGUUUGGCAUCACUAUCUGGCUCGACUUUCAUCAUCUUGGCCAUCAUUUCAGGGCUCAUUUCGCCUUCCAUAGAUUUCAUAUCUUCCAUAUCCUCAUCCAUCAUCAUAGAAGGGCUCCACCAGUGCUUCCACCAAAGUUCGUCAAGCUCAUCGAGAAGGUCAUCGAUGCUAGAUACCAUGGCACCAAACUGGAGAUAAAGAUAGAUAUCGUGUACUGAAUGUCAUAUUUCGGAAUAUUCACUUACUGCAAGACUUUCACGCUUGAAACCACCAAGGUUGCGACGGAGCGUAACGAAGAGAGAUUUAGGAAUGAUGCUGUCACUGCUUCCGAUGUAAGCUAGUUGUUGCGUGUAGCCGAGACCCAUUUCCUUCAUCAUAAAACUGCGUAGCCAGUUUCGUGAUUUAUGCAGACCACUCUCGCUUGGGUUCAUUAAGUGAAGAGCAGACCUGGCAUUCUUAGCCCUGACAAAGGAAUUAGUAAAAAAGCAGAUUAAGUGAAGAAAUUUUGCUUACAGUUCUCUCUCCUCUUCUCCAGCAGUAGCGUCGAGCAUUUUUGCAGCUGAUUCAAUAGAUGAGUGGACAGCAGAUGUCACUUGAGAGUCGGUAUCAAAGUUGGUAAAUUCUGCCAUACGCUGGAGCACAUAUGCAGGAGGUUUGGUCUUCAUGAGCUGGAAGACGGCAGCGGAACGAAGCUCUUGGGCAUCACCAACGUUGUGAUAAAUAUUGAGCAAAACCAUGCGAGCAAUUGAUGGCUGUGCACGUGCAAGUCUAUCCAUGGAAAUGACCAUAAGGAGACGCUGGAAGACAGUCAUAGGUUCUUUCCCCUCAAGAUAUGGUUCAAAGACACGCAGAAUUUUCGGAUGGCCCAAGUUGCCCAGAGCACGAAUUGAAACUUGGAUCUUGUGACUGUCGCGGGCCUCAACGGCAUCCUUCAGCAAGCGGGCUAACCAGGGGAUAUAGACCUUCGUGACGUCGGGUGCAUUAGAUGGAGACAUGCGGCCAAAGCUAUGUGUCGGGUAGCGGUUGUGUGCAGUCUUACUGCUAACUUGGGCCUGGAAGACAAGGUCCGUAAAUGCAAGCAAUCCAGUGCUUCUCAGUAGUGGCUGCUUCUCAACUUCCGGCGAUUUAACCAGUGC